AUGAGCCAGUUGAGAACUGCCGUGGCGGUCGUGGCAGCGUGCUGCCUGGCCAGUAUCGCCUUCGAGGCCUUCGUGUCGCCCACGGCGCGGGGGGCGCCGCUCGCGGCACCCAAGGCAGCGGCGGCCACGGCGCCGCCGAUGGAGGCGGCUGGCUGGGGAUUGGCGGUGGCAGGCCUGGCUGUGGGAGCCCAUGCCGGUCUCGCGGCGGCCUUUCGCACUCGCGCCGCGAGGAGGGCUGAGGCGAAGCCGACGGACAAGUACGUAGAGACGGUCGCGGACCAGCGGCUCUUUGAGCAGGUCUACUUGCAGUACACCUCGGAGUACCUGAAAGGGCCCCUGUACUGGCACCCGGACAAGGCCCAAGGAUGGCUCCCCGACUACCCGGGCACCCCCAUGAUCAAGGAGGGCAAGUACACCAGCCAUGUCAUUGGCAACCUCAAGGCUUUCAGCUCCAACGAGCUGGCCUUCCUGUCCAUGCUCUUCUUCGGCGUCGGCCUCUAUGGCAACCUCCAGUUCAACUUCUAUGACCCGCAAUGGGCGAAGGUGGAUGCCGGUGGCUUCUUCAAUGUGUCCUACAUCGUGGAGUCUUUCUUGCUUCCCAUCUCCUUCUUCAUGCACAUCGCCUGCUACAUCCAGAGGCAGAACGGAAAGUGA